UGGCGUCGACUGCUGGUUGUUGUUUACUGAAUGCUUGAAUUUUUUUAGUAAAAAACAUCGAAAUUGAAAAUGGCUUCUGUUGAAGAUAGCAACGAUUUAUUAUUUCUAGAAAGUGUGCUUGUAUCUGAAGACGAAAUAGAUGCCGUUUCAACYUUUUUUUUAGGAUUUGAGAAAGAUUCCGAAAUACCGCCAAAAUAUUUUAUGCGAAAAUUUUUUUCGCCACAUCGCGAACCUCCAUGCCACUUUGAUCCAGCUGAAGAAAGGAUUUUACGACGAAAAAAGAUUCUAAGUACUUGGGGCACUUCUCUUGACGAAGUUUUUUUAAAAGUUUCAGCUGUCUCUAUAGUUAACCCUAAGCCAUGUUAUCUAGAGCUGUCAGGCUCAAGCGAUGAAGGGCAGCAGCUCUCAGACAAGUUAUCAGCAAUUCUAGUCACRUUUUCUUCCAAGUUUUCUUACUUAUCCCUGCGAGAACCCAUUCAAAAAGGAGGCAAUGGUACCAGUCCUAGUACCUCCCCCCAGGUUAAAUCCAGGAAGCUGGACCUGGAAGGAGURUCKUCUGUACCAGCAUUUGGCAUGAUGAUGAUUUUCACUGCUAGAGCUCAGAAAAAUGCUGAUACCCUUCUGGGAMGAAUCAAGAGCUCRAGYGAAUGGAAGGAGAUUACAAUGCCCAAACAAAUAUCAGAGGAAGAUGAACUACAYUUUGACCUUUCAAACAAAUCYGAAGUCUUGUUUUCAGUGAAACAGGGUUCUCCAUUUGCAGGAAUUAAGGUCACAGUGUUUGUAAACGAGAACUUUGAGGAAAUGGAAAGRUUUUAUUCRCUGAUCACAGGGAAGUCUCCAUUGGCKUACAAUAARAUAGAGGAAGGUCUCUGUCUACGAACRUACUCUCUGUCAAGCAAACUUGAGCUUCAGCUAGUUCUUCACCCUACUGUUGAGUCUCACAAUUCGAGUAACGUGGCACUUUGUUUUGCUGUGGAGGAYAUCACCAAAUUGUUGUCAGAGAUUCCAGGCGGUGUGCGCAAUAUAGGAGAAGAUCAGUGGCAAUUAACAGACCCAGAUGGGAACUCUGUCAUACUCUACUCUUUGUUAAAAUAACUUACUAUUCUGAUACUAUUGAAUGAAUGUAACCAUCCUUGAAGGCAGUAGCGGGCGGGGCUAGACAAAGUUUAAAAGAAGUAUUUUGGGGCUGUGCAAUGCACACAAUCAUGGGACUGCUAUAAAGUGUGUAACGCACGACCAGAAAAGUCACCACGAACAGAGACGUCUUGUAGUAAAGACGAAAAGGCAAUCGUUGAAAAAGUAAMAGGGUGUCGGAAAAGUUCUAUGGCGGUAUAGAGUAUCAUCUCAAAUAUUGAAGGG